CACAGUCUGCUGCCGUCUUCUUCCGCAUUGUUUUCAUCUGAACCCGCUGGACAGCUUCUCUCUGCUCGAACAGUUAUCCCAAACCAUCCCUGUUCCAGUGAAAAUACACACAACAAUGAGGCUGCUCUGUUGCUGCAGUGCUCUGCUGCUGCUCAUCCUCAUUCCCAGAGCUUGUCAAGGUGGCAACAUCUUAGUCCUUCCUAUAGAAGGCAGCCACUGGGUAAAUAUGGAUGUCCUGCUUCAAGCUUUGCACGAGAAAGGACACAGUCUCACAAUCCUACGUUCAAGCAAAAGCUGGUACAUCAAGGAGAAAUCGUCCUAUUAUGACUCCUUUACAGUUCAAGUGGAGAGGAGCUUAGAUCAGAAGUUCAUAACCAAAAUCAUAAAAGAGGUUAUUGAUUUUGAGAGAGGGGCUCUUCCCUUGAUUAGUUUUCUCCACACAUCUGUGGGGAUGAUUGGCACAUUUGUGGACGCUCAUGAAGCUGUGGGGGAUUUUGUUAGAGGCGUCCUAGAUGACACAGAGCUGUUGAAGAAGUUGAAGGAUAGCGAGUUCGAUCUGGUGCUCACAGAUCCCGGCUGGGGUGGAGGAGUCAUUUUGGCCAAAUAUUUGAAUAUUCCUUUGGUUUACAAUGUUCGCUGGCUAUUAAUUCGUGAGGCUCACCAUGGUAUUGCUCCUUCGCCUUUAUCAUACAUUCCUAUAACAGGGUCUGGAAACACUGACAAGAUGACCUUUUGGCAGAGAGUCAAAAAUGUGGCUUUACAUCUAGUAACAGAAACACAAAAUCACAUUGUUAGCCAAACAUACCAAAAAAUUACCAACAAAUAUCUUGGGCCUGGUCUUGAUUAUAAGGAGCUGAUACUUGAUGCUGAUAUUUGGCUCAUGAGGGCAGACUUUGUCUUUGAGUUCCCUCGUCCCACCAUGCCUAAUUUCAUUUACAUGGGAGGUUUUCAGUGUAAACCUGCAAAACCUCUUCCUGAGCACCUGGAGGAGUUUGUGCAGAGUUCUGGAGAGCAUGGAGUCAUACUCAUGUCUCUGGGGACUUUUGUGAGUGAACUUCCUGCUGACAUGACAGAUGAGAUCGCUGCAGCUUUUGCCAAGCUACCUCAAAAAGUCAUCUGGAGACACAAAGGUGACAAACCAGCCAGUCUGGGAAACAACACCCUGCUGGUGGACUGGAUGCCCCAGAAUGAUAUUUUAGGACAUCCAAAGAUUAAACUCUUUGUAGGUCACGGAGGAACAAAUGGAGUUCAAGAGGCUAUGUAUCAUGGAGUCCCAGUUGUGGGUCUUCCUUUGUUUUUUGACCAAUACGACAACCUGCUGCGCCUCAAAGAGAGAGGUGGGGCUGAGAUCCUGAGCCUUCAAACAGUGGACAAAGACGACAACUUCCUGAAGACAGUGCAGAGAGUCCUGACUGAGCCCUCCUACAGGAUGAACAUGCAGAGACUCUCCAGGCUGCACAGAGAUACUCCUUUGAAGCCACUGGAUAAUGCCCUCUUCUGGAUAGAGUUUGUUAUCAGGCAUAAAGGUGCAGCUCACCUGAAAGCACAGUCAUUUAAGAUGCCCUGGUACUCCUACCACUCCUUUGAUGUCUUUCUGUUCCUGGGUGGAGUUUUGCUUCUCGUGCUCUUGAUUGUUUUCAUGCUGAUUAGAUGUUUGUACAACAGAAUGUGUAAGAGAAAAAUGAAACAUGACUAAUCAUUUAAGGGAGACAAUUUCAUAAAAUCAAAUAUGGCUUUAAUAUAUGUACAGAUUUUGCUAAUUUUUAGAUGUUAGUUAAAAAUCAGUAUGACAACAUUUCAAAUAAAUAACCGAAACUUUAAAGACAAUAUCUUGAUUAAGUCAUUUUGAUCAUAA